AUGGACAGGUCGCCCUACGGUUCCGGUCCGAGAGGCUCAGCUGCUCGACCAUCGACGUCUAGGGAAGAGCACGAAUCCAGACGCGGUUUGGAAAGAUUGCCACCCAUUCUACCCUCGAGUCAAACGAUACCGAAAUUGCCCUUGACCAGGCCCGAGAGUCUUGCGUCCUCUUCGCACCGACUUGCUUCCAUUCAGGAUCUUGAUGCUCCACUUCACGCAGCGCAUCGUCCCUACCUUCCCUUGUCCGAUAGGCCUAGUCCGUACGAUGCCGUUCGUCGCCCUAGUCCUCCUUCGACCAUGCCCGUCGGCUUGGUUUCGGCCGACUAUGCACAGUCAAGACGCUCGCCUGCCGACGCUCGGAUUGCUCCACACCCGAACCACCCGGCUCCUGCUUAUUCGUAUUCCUCGCAGCCCGUGUACCGUUCCGAUCCGUAUCAUCACGAUGUCCCACGAGCCCAUGCGUCGUCACACGUCCCAUAUCACCGUCGUUACGAUGCGCCACCGCCUCACAUCCGACCUGCCCCACUGGCAGAGUCUGUCACCACAAGCACGCCCAUCAAGCGUCCCCGCGUCUCUCUCGCCUGUCUUGCCUGCCGCAAUCGCAAGUCUCGCUGUGACGGCGUGCGGCCUACCUGCAAGACGUGUGCUACCAUGAAAAUCGCUUGCAAAUGGCCAGAGGUCGACUUUCGCCGUGCAAAGACUGGCGAAGCUGCCCGGAUGCAAAAGAGAACCCCGCCCGGUUCUUCCUCUCAGCAUUCUCCUGAGUCCCUUCCGCCCCACCCUAGGGGUGACCUGGACCCAGCUGGCCAAGUCUACACUCAGAGGGUCGCCUCGGGCAUGCUCCCGUCCUCGCAGCCAAUGUCGAUCAAGACCUAUGCUGUCGGAAACGGGACUAACAUCGAUUCCAAGGCGUCGAGUCCAAUCAUCGGUGGCGACACUCGAAACCGAACCUACUCGGACGGUGAUCGAGAUGCUCGUCACGCCCUGCACUCUCAACGCAGCCCUUCCGAGCAACACUUGCCUCCUCCUCGAUUCCCUGACAGAGGUUCAGCGACACGCAGCUAUGCUGACAUCUACGCCCAUCCUCGCUCCUCGAUCGACGUACCUCUUGCUAAAACACCCUGGGUGCGUGACGACCGGCCCCAGCCCGCCUCGCAAGAUUGUCGCACGACAUCGGAAGAGCAGGUCGCCCGUCCUCUACGACCAUUGCCCGAAUCUCGCUUCUCUCGAUCGAGCUCUGUAGCCGUCCGAUGCAGGAGUAGGGCUGCCGAGAUCGCUACGCUCGCUCGUCCCGCUACUGAUGCCCAACGCAUCUCGGUUGAGGCGCACAUGUCACAAGACUCCAGCCUCGAGGACCUGAUCGCCGAUGAUCUGCCAGCUGAACGCCUCGACCGCGCUUUUGCUGCCGACUGGGAAGCCCUUGGAGGCUUGUCGACCGCAGCGCAGCGUCCCUUCAUGGACGUCGCUGCAGGUCUCGUAGGUGUGCUUGAAGUGUUUCGCGGCGAUGCUCACCAGGACAUCGCACGCCCUUCCCCCAACGACUCGGGUCGACUACACAUCUUUCGUCUGCGCAGCACCUCGAGUAGUGCCCCUCAGCUGCUGCAAUUGAGCAUCGCCAUGGACAUGUCUUGUCGUCAGGAGCACGAGCUGCUCGAAGCUGCGACGCGCGAUGGCUAUGAUCAACUCAGCUACCCACUUACAGUCGAUCGACUAUCGCUGCCGCUCAUCGAAGCUAUUCAGCGCGCGCUCGAAGAUCAAGCACGGGCAGCAGAAAAGAGCCGAAGGGAAAGCACCUCCACGUCAGCAUCGCAGCCUCGUGCAGCCUCGCCGCCGUCGAGCGACGGCAUCCCUUUUGUGCGCAAGCAAGACAUCAAGCCUCCGCAGCCCGUCCUUGAGCUCUUUUUCGGUUCUUACCUGGAAGCCAUUGGCGAACAGAUGCCUGGACUUGACACCAAGGUCGUCGCGUCGCGCAUUCGGGACGGUUCCAUCUCUGCCCUUUUGGCCAACGCGCUUUGCGCCAUCGGUGCAAGCUUGCACGAGCGUGUCGGCCAGCAACCCUCGAUCGACGGAGCAUUGAGCAGCAAGCACUAUCUCGAGCGCGCACGCGCUUUGAUCGGCGCGGCUCUACAGAGUCCUGAUCUGGAAGCCAUCUUGGCUUUGGGUGUCAUGGCGAUCAGAGACAUUCUCAUGGGUCAGGUGGUUUCGUCGGCCGUCAUCGUGUCGUCUGCGAUGCGUCUGUGCAUGCAGCUGGAUCUGCAUCGCGCGCAACCACCCCGACGGUCGUCAUCGCCUCCGUCGACAGCGGCAGGCGACAAGCUCGGCGGUGAUCUGAUCGCCAGCGACGUCUUUUGGAUGGUGUAUUGCUUGGAUCGCAUCACUUCGAUCGCCACAGCCCGGCCGCUCGCCAUUAAGGACGGAGACAUCGACACUGUCUUCCCGACAACCAUGCGUGACGGCAAGCCCUGCAUCUUUGCUGCCCUGGUCCGUCAGCUUCACUACCUCGGACGUCUUGCAGAGGUUAGCACAUCGAGUCGUGUCGGUGCGACCAUCGCAAAGGGCGAUGGAUCCGAUCGAGCACGAGCACGGGAAACGGAGAGAGAAGUCGCUGCUGUUGGUGCUGAUCUCGUCGGUCACUACGAUUCGCUGCCUUCAGUGCUUCAGCUCGGACCCGUCAACUUGAGGCGUGCUCACGAUGCGGGUGAGGCCAUGUCGUUUCUUCAACUGCAUCUUACGCACCACAUGGCUUUGCUCCACCGCUUCCUGCUGCCUAGCGCUGUCAUGACCAAUGCAGAGUACGAUGCCAUGCGCUCGGCCGCCGCCGAAAUUGUCGAGAUCUGCAAACUCGCGGAAGCGCUGGAUCCCACUUUGCUGGCUGACACACCGCUGUCGGCGGUCGCCUGCUUCCUCUCGGGCUGCGUCUGGCUGUCUGAAAUCGAGACGCUGGAAGAAUCGAUGCAAGCAGUCUUGAACACCGACGCCAGCUCUCGAGGUUUGAUGGCCCAACUGGAAGCUGCGCAGUCUACAUUGGCAAAGAUCAUCAGUACGCUCGGUCGUCAUGCCGAGUUCUGGCCUGUAGCACGCAACUUGGUGGAUGUGCUUCAGGCGCAGAGGGCACGAUCGGGAAAGACGGCAAUUUCGCCGGCAACGGUUGCCUCGAUCGUCUCGCAGGUCGAGGCGAUUCAUCUCGUGGUGCGGAGACCUGGAUUUGCUACUGAACGACCGGUGGGUGGGUCGGCGAGAGUGCAGGUUCGCAAGGUGUAUGAUUUGGAGCAUCUAAGGAGUGCUUUUCCGCAUUUGUGUUGA